AAUUUGAAUUUUAGCAGCAGCCACUUGCAUUGGGCAAAACGAUAACAGACACUAAAACUAUCGCUCUUUUAAAUGCGGCAGCUUCGUUUUUAAGCUGACAGAGGGCGCCACAAUGGGUCGUAACGUAUUUUUAAAACUGGUUGCCAAGACGAAUUUGUUGUUAAAUCGAUAGAUAUAGAUGUAGAAGCGGAUAUAUAGUUCUCGCAAUGUCGUGCAUCUGCCUUGGACCCAAGCGUGCUGGCAAAACACAUCUGCUCAAGGCGCUGCAGGAUCCGGAGUCCAUGGAUGAGACGAGCUACUCCAUGCCCACCAUUGGCACCGGCAUCUUUCGCAUCGUUUUCCCCGAAAAGUCAUCACAUGCCGACAGGCACAAGCCCCCGCCGCCACCGACAACUGAUGCAGCCGCAGCCACGCCGCGUGCCGGCAAACAUCUGGCCAAGUUUAUACAAGUGCUCGAGAUUGGCGGCAGCAUGGCGCCGCUCUGGCGCCAGAGCCAGUACUUCGAGGAUGUCAAGAAGCUCAUCUAUGUGGUGGACGCGUCCAAUCUGUGUCAGAUAUCAGCUGCAGGCGUGCUCUUCUAUUCGAUUCUCACAGAGCCGCGCCUGCAAAAGGUGCGCAUCCUUCUGGUGCUGACCAAAAUGGAUUACUCCUAUCGCCAGAUGCGCAACGAGGCGCUGCUCAUGCUGCAAAUGUCCAAGCUACAGAAACAGAUACGCCAACAGGUGACCAUCGUGGAGGCCAGCGCCGUCACCAAGGUGGGCCUGAACAGCAUCUACGAAUGGCUCCAGAGACCCUAAGGGGGAUUAUUUUAAUGUAUUGAUAUAUAUUUGCAAAUAAACCAAG